AUGUUGUUUGGUCGUCAAAAAACCCCAGCUGAGUUGCUGCGGCAACAUCAACGUUCUCUUCAGAAAGCACAACGCGAAAUGGAUCGUGAAAAGGCAAAACUUGACGCUUCUGAAAAAAAAUUGAUAGCAGAUAUAAAAAAGGCAGCUAGAGCAAAUCAAAUGGCAGCUUGUAAAAUUAUGGCCAAAGAUCUUGUUAGGACUCGACGAUACUCUCAAAAGUUUCAAGCAAUGAAAACUCAACUUCAAGCUGUUUCAUUGCGAAUUCAGACUCUAAGAUCUAAUCAACAAAUGUCUGAAGCUAUGAAAGGGGCAACAAGGGCUAUGAAAUCUAUGAAUCGGCAAAUGAACCUGCCAGCGAUGCAAAAGAUUAUGAUGGAAUUUGAGAAAGAAUCCGAGAUUAUGGAUAUGAAAGAAGAGAUGAUGAAUGAUGUCAUUGACGACACUAUGGCAGAGGAGGAGGAUGAAGAGGAAAGCGAUGAAAUUGUGAAUCAAGUUUUGGACGAGAUUGGUAUUAGUUUGGAUCAAUCGCUGGUUGACACACCAAGUUCAAUUGAGAGAGUCUCACAAAAAGAACAUACUGAGGAAUUGGAGUCUAGUAAUGACGCGGCCUUGCAGGCAAGGCUGAAUAAUUUACGUAGAGAGUAA